AUGAGGAAGGCAACGAGAAACUGCUUCGACCGACUGGCAGGAAAUUUGGCGCCGUCGGGAAAUUUUCCGAGUUGGUUGGCUCUCGUCAUCGUCCGCACCUUUAUCUCCGCUUUUCCAGAUGCAAUUUCCGUCCCACAGUCACCUAUUUCAGUUUUUUGUGCAUUCAUCAGCCUUUUCGCCCGGGAAGGGUUAAUAACGAAAAGUGUACGUUUCAAACAACUUCUUUUCGUAUAUUUCUGUAAACAGCCAUGAAGUUCAGGUUCAGCAGUUGAACUUUUCAAUAGGCCUCCUGAAAAAAAAAUAUCUGGAUCUCUACGUUUUGAGUACAAUUUUCUUGGGAGACCGACUUUUUAAAUUGUGUUUUUGCUUGUUUUGAAAACUAUUAAUCUUCGACUCUCGAACUUAAUUCAUACUUUUCAAACUAUGCCCUUAAUUGGCCACCGCGUCUAGUUCCUGCUCUCCUGGCGCCUAACCAACUGGUCACAGCUCAUUAGAAAGAACGUAAUAGGUUCCGCUUCUCCCAGCUGCAAGAAACUCACGUUAUCUCGAGUAUUUUUUUGUUAUUAUAAGGGUUCUGAACUAUCAUUUUAGACUUUCUUCGUCAGUCCGCUUUUAUGGUUGAUUGGAGUAGUUGGUUUUUCUUCAUAGGAAAUUUUCUCGUAAAAUCUAAUCAGUCCGCCUGAAUUUGUUUGCUUGAAUUUCCGCUCUGUCUAAGGAAAAUCUCCUUUUAACGUAUAAUUUUUGGGAAAACGCAGAAUUUUUCUACCCAAGGUUAUCUGUCUUGAAGUAUCUCGUAGAAUAUUAGAUAUUUAAAGUGAUUUUUGGAAAAAAGGAGGCGACGUGGCCGCGGCUCUUAAUUCGAAACCUCGAAAAUCGCGCACAUCCGGCCACUUUUUCUGCUUUUCAUUCCAUCCGUUCGCACCGCGGCUUCUCCUUUUGGAAAAAAAAGCGCUUCAAUUCGAUUUGAAUGAAUUGGGGAUUUUCUCUGUGCUACGUGGUUUUCCAACCCAUUCCGGAUGUGCAGUAAAUAAUUGUUUUUUCUCGUUUUAACGACUCUUACUCACAAUAUGUAUAGGCUGUUGGGAAGAUGUUUACGAUGCUUUAUUUUCCCCAUUUUUUUUUGUAGAACUCGUAAUUAUAGCCAUAGUAAGAAGAAAAAAGUGGACUUUUACUUUCUCAAAAAACGAGGUUAAAUGGUCUUUUCCUCGGAAAAAGCUGUUUCGAAGUAAGAUUUUGUUAGAUUGGCCGUAUACUCUUUCUAUUUCCCGUUAUAUUCAAUUAUUCUUCGAAAUCCACUAGACUACAUAUUGGCGAGUACGUGAAAUCAGCAGAAAAACCUUGAUAUUCAGGCUCACAAGUUUCUGUUCAUUUUUUUAAGAGAGAUUUUUUCAUUUUUAACUCAAAAAAUCCUGUUGAUUGACUUCUUUCUGUUGUCUCUUUUUUUCGAAUGGGACAGAGCCGUAAAAUAUUAAUAAAUUGAGGAAAUGUACCCGAGGCGACAGCCGUCAACGCGGGAGAAAAAGUCAAUCUCAUUUUUCAUCCACAAUUUACAAAAAGGCUCAUGAAUUCGGAUAUUGUGUCACACAACGUUCCAAGCUCAGAAUUCAUGUUGCCCUGCUCUCGUUUGACGACAUUUUCUUUUUUCGUCUGAGAUUUUUAAUAAGAUUAACUGAUUUCCAGGCUACAAAAACCUAUCGUCUCAGUUGAACCUCUAUUACUCUUUUUAUGAAUAGCAAGCUUUGGAAAAUGAACUUUCAGCUAAUUGAAAUCGAUAGCUCGCUGUGAUUCUUUUGAUUGCAUUGGUUAGAAGCGCCUGAGGCUAUUUCUUUCUUGUUUUUCCUUUCGCUUGAUUUGGAAUUUGGCUGAAAUGAAUGCUGAUGAUGCGGCAAUUUUUCUUUUUUAUUUCCCGCCCUGAAAAAUAGGUUUCGCUUUCUAGUUCUUACUUUUCUUCGAUGCAAUGAGAUCUUUUCGAAAAAAGAAACCUGUUUCGAUUCGAAACAAACAAGACUUUUUUCCAUCUUUAUUGGAUUUAAGUAAGCUAGAAGAUUUUGGAAGUUGGGAUGGUUAUUAUGAGGUUUUAAAUCCCGGAAAAGGCAAAGGAAGUCUUUGUGAAUCGCUGAGUUGUGUGCGACGCUUCAUAGGAAUUUUCGUUGCUCAAUGUGUUUACCGCCGCCCUCUUUGGACCUACAAUUCCUGAAGAUUCUUUUUUUUUCAAUUCAUCGCAUUGUAUCCGUUUUUCGACUGAAUUCAUGUCACUCUUCCGUAUUUCGCCUGAUUCGUACCAUCUUUUUUUCGCGUCGCCAAAUUUCAGCUGAUUUUCCGCGCUACAGAGCAAUUGUCGAACGGCGGUUCACAAAGCCAAAAGCUCACUAAAUGCCUUUUUCCAAAUGCUUCCUUUUUCAUAUUUCUUUUUAAUGUUCUCCCUCGCGUGACAGAAACAAGCAGAAAGGAAUCGCGAUAGCAAGACAUUUGAAACGCUUUUUGCAAGUUUCCAGGAGUUAUGAUUCCGUUUUGCAGUUUUACACUUGAAUGAGAAAAAAAAUAACGAAAAGAACAGUAAUCAAGUAUGCGGAUAGUCGAGAGAAAAUUUGUGCUCUUGAAAUUUUAGCGAGUCCAAGAUAUAUAUAGGUUUGACACUAUUACAACACUUUUCCCCCGGUUCCUCAUUGGUUAAGAAACGACAUUGUUUUUGCUUUUAUGGCUCUUUCUCCUCGUAUAUUCGUUAACUUAUCUCACAGCUCAUUUUUUCGUUCAGAAUUUGAAUCAAAUCGUUUUUUGUAAUGUUUGAGCUCGUUCAUGGGAAAACGUUGUACAACUCUAUUUUGGUCCAGUUUUUCUUAGCAAAUCCGUGUGAACUAUUAUUUUUUCAGCUACUUGAAAAUUUGCAGGAUGGCGGCGGUCAGGGCGGGCGCCGUCGGAUUGACGCGAGCCCCCCGAUAUACAGUCUUUUCCAGCAGAGGUAGGCUUGAAAUUGUACCAAUAAUUUUUUGUUAACAGGGAAAAAUAGAGAGUUUGUUAAUUUUUAGAAGUAAGGCUCAGUCGUAUAGUAUAUAUAUAUAUUCAUAUUUUAUCUGAUUAAAUUUAUUCUUCAGUGUUAUUCCAAAAAGGAAUGAAGUCUGCUGGAGUAUUUGGACAAACGUCAGAUAGAAAAAUAGAGUUGCAGAAAAAAAUUAGCUUUCUGCAAAACCCACUUGAUCUAGUCAAUUGACGUGCUCUUGAAACCUAGAAUUGAGCUGGCCACCUCAUUUUAUUUAUUUGAUCUUUUCUCAGGAUUAUCCAUCCAAUCCCAUCACUAGGGCUGCCAGAAACCUGCUGGCCUUUCUGAGAGCCGACAAUAAAUGAGGAUUAAAUAACAGCCUCCAGUUUUUUCUCUCAUCUGUGUAGAAAAAUCUAAGAGAGUUUUCUCACAAUUCCUUCCAUGCACAUUUUUUUCAUUGAAAAAAAGAAAUGUAGUCUCGUUUUUUUCUGUUCAUUUUUUUCAUAUUUUGCUGUUCAGAAGUUUUUUUGCUCAAUUUAAUUCGUUUACUCAUUCUAUUUGCCGAUCUUUUUUUUAAGUUUUUCAUUAAACUGGUUUUUUUGGAGCGUGAGAUAAUGAAAAAAAGAAGGAAAAUUUCCAUGUUUCCACAGGAAAAAAAUUAAUAGGGGAGUAUUGACAACUUUUUUUUCGAAAAAAAUAUCCCUUUAUUUGUGAAAUGAUGAAUAUUUCAAUUUUUAGCGCCAUUUCUGUGUUAACGAUGGUCAUCUGUGGGCCAUGAACUGGAAGAAGUAAAAAAAAUUGCACCUUUUUGGAGUAUUAUUUUUAUUCUGAUCCAUCUCUUUUUACGUGACUGUUUCGGCCUCAAGGCAUUUUAUGAAAUUCGCUCAAUUUUUCUUUGUAGAUCAGCAAUUUUUGCUUUGAAAAUAUCGACUAUUUUCGUAUUGAUGAGUCAUUGGCAAAGUGGUAGCCACAAAGUUUUAGAAAAAAAUUGCAACGAGUUCUGAACUUUUGAAGCGCUUAGGUAAGUCUCUUUUUUUGCUUCGAAGCGUUCCUGGUCGAAGCUUUUCCCACACUUUCGAGAUUCCGAACAAACCAAGUGGCCGACUUUGUCCAAAUCCACCGGCAUAUCGCGUUGCCUCCGCUCUUUUUCCUUGCCAAGACUUCGAUUUUUAUUAUUCUGAUGAUGAGGUUUCGUCCAGCCUACGAGUGGCCAGGUGAGAAACUGCAGUUGGUUCGGCCAAGCCUUUCCAAAAUUUCAAUCCUUCUUUCCAUUCUAAAAGCUUUCUCUGGAAGAUUUCCACGAGCUAAGAGGAAUUGGAACGUUGAGGAUUUUGCCGAAAUUUGACACUCAGUCCUCAAAAUCCUCGUUUUGGGCCUUUUUGCAGUUUUCAAUCGUUUUUGAACCAUAUUUUCUCUUUAUUAUUUGUUUUCUCUCAUUUUAAUACCAGAAUCUUUUUUUUUUCGUUUGUUCAUAAUAAUUAUAAUAAGAAGUUACCAAUUCUAUUAAAAACUGAAAGUCGUGAAUUCAGUAUACUUAAGAUUUGCCUUUCGCGCAUUCCCUUUAUUUAUUUGAAUCAAAACAUUUCAACGCGUUUGUAAUUUGACACUUUUUGUCCGGUUUUUUUCUAUUUUGGUUUGUACGUAGAUUUUUUUGGAGCGACCAGUUACAUAUAUAUAUAUAUAUUUCUUUUUUUAAAUGCAAGUUUAAAAAACUAACAUCAAAUAAGAAAUGAGCAAUGUCUUGGACACUUUUUCUUAUUUUCAUCGUAAUUUUUUUAUCAGAAUCGUUUCUGUAGAAAAACUUUUUUUAAAAACUAUUUCUUUAUUUAAACGAGACGAGUGUUUUAUAAAUACCUCAGAGUAGCGAAAACCAGGAGAAAAAGGGCGGUCAGUGAACGCAUGAGAAAGCAAAGCAAAGCACGACGUUUGCUCAUCCGGAAUUCCACGCCAUCUCCCGAGAAGUUUCAGGCGGAGAUUGGAGCGAACGAGAGGAACGCGAAAGGAACGCGACUCCGUCGACCGGUAAGCGAUACGGCGUCGCGAUGAGCAACGCGGAAACGGCCCGGUCGCGCUGGAAACUUCGUCGGAAGCUUUCUGAGCUCAAAGUCAAGGCGAGUCCAAUGUUUUCUUAUAUUUCUAAUCGUGAAACGAAAACUAAAAACCGUUUCUAUUUCAAACUUUCAGUAUCUGCUUCCUUAUUUGAAGGUUUCUGAGAGAACUGUUAGAAAAAUAACCUUGAGAAGCAUUUUCAGAGAUCGAGAAGAUAAAUUUGAAUCUCGUUAGUUGAUAAGUGAUGAGAUGAGCAUUUUUGCAAGCUUUAAAUAAUUUUUUCAGAGAGAGGUUUUGAAUUUGCCCCUUGUGGGACUAUUUCAGACUUACCCCAAGUGUUGAGAAAGCUCUCUAGGUAAUCACUGAUCACAUUUUCCAACAAAAUAUUUGUUUUUUGACUUUCCGUCCGAAGCUCGGCGACUCUACACUUUCUUAUGCAUGCUUUAGAGACUUAAAUAUUCGUAACUAUUUGAAUCCAAAAUUAUCAGAGGUUUUCAUCACCUUUUUAACACGCGAACUUGUUGAUUGCUGUAAAAAAAUCUAGAAAAAUCCUGGUUCAAAAUUGAGGAUAUCUUUUUUUGGCCUUGAUAUUCUUUCAACGUAUAAAUCACCUUUUUCUUGUCCACGUAAAUAUUAAUAGUUAAUAGCUUAGCUCAAAUUGAGAAAUUUCUCAACGGGAGAAUUUUUAUUUUCCUUGUUUUUCAGUUAUGCGAUUGUACAUUGGUUCUUGCACUUGCCGGGUUAAUUUUCUCGAUGAUCGACGUCGAAAUUUGUGCCACUGGACUCACUUCUAAAUAUCUUUUAGUGAGUGAUUUGAAGUGUUUCAAAUAGAAUAGUGAAUUCAAGUUGAGAGAUAAAAGAAAAAUAUCUUCUUGGGUUUUUAUGAUUUUUGUUCUUGACAAUGAGGCUGUAUCAGAUUAACGUAAAUGUGGAGUUUUAGUCUUCUGCGAGAGCUUUGAGUAAUAAAUAUACAAAAAGGAAAUGCUUGUUUUGUUUUUAGAUCAAAUUAAAAACAGUGAAAAUUAUUCAAAAUAAAUACCGAAUUGAAAUCUUCUGCGAGAGCUUGUCGGAGUCAAAAAAAAAGAAGAAAAAACCCUUUCUUGGUGUUUUGAUGAACCUUAUUAAUGAAAAACAAGUUAGUUCACAUAAAAAAUUUUGUUCUCUAUUUCUUUUCAAAAUACUUUCAAAGUUACAAGCUUCUACGGAAGCUCUUCCAGAAUUUCCUUGUUUUGGAGCGCAAAGACAGGAUUUGUUGAGGCGGAGACGGGUUCACACGCUCUGCGACUUCUCACCAUCGGUCUCACGGUCAUCCUGUUGCUUCUGCUAGUCGUCUACCACAUCGUCGACAUCCGCGUUUGCUUCCCCACGUCUUCCAGGACGUAGAAGACUCUUGCAGAUCCACCUCGUCGAGACGGGAAACCUCGGAUGGCGCGUCGGCAUCACCAAGGAACGAGUGGCUCGAGUUCUCAUCGAACUCGCCGUCUGCUCCGUCUGCCCUCUGCCAGGUGCCGUUCUUCUCGUUGCAAGCGACCAAUCCGAUUCAUUCAACCGUUGGCCAAUGCUGGGAAACUCUCAGAAGGCAGUAUUUCUUCAUAAAAAAUAUUUAUGUUGCCAAUGACCGUGAGUGACAUAAGUGGGCGAGCGCAAAAAUGGCCAAAAUAAAACUUGUGCAAAAGAAGCAUUUUGAGUACAGGGAAGUUGACCAUUUUAAAGCACUUUGAACAAUUGGAGCUGAUCAAAAGAGAAAUUGUCACUGCUUCCUUUCUUCUGCUUUUGUAACCAGAGAUGAUCAUCAAAAAAAUCUGAAAACUCAUAAAAAAUUUCGAUUCAUGAAACAUAAAACUUGAAGUCAGUCUGCUCUUACAUGCAAAGUAUGGAACGGGAGUCGUGCAGAAGUUUUUCUUUUUGAUUUGGAACGUUGUGGAAAUAGGUUGAAAGUUCUGACAAUAAAGCGAUUUGCUCCGCCGACAUCAAAAUCUUAAAAAUGGAAGUCAUUCAACUUUUUCGAUUGGAAUAUUCAGAAAGUUUGUCAAAAUAAUUUUUGAAGGUCUAGAUGAAGAUCCAUUAUGGUCCCAACAUUUGCAAAACUCUAUUUUUGAAGAUAUUCUUUUUGAAAUUCGAAAAUUAUCCUAGUUUUGUCUUGAACGUGAACUUUAAAACUUUGAUAACUCCAAAACUAGAACUUUGCGCAGGUAACUAUGAAGAAACUUUAUUCAGACCUCCGAAAAGUAUUUGAGCAAACUUCAAAAAUAACCCAGACCGCAAUUUAAAUUGACCUACCUAGUGAGCUCGACCACAGAUCAAGUGCUUUUUAAUUUGUAAUAUAAAGCGCGACCGCAAUACAUCAAGUUAUUCUGAAUUCGACCAGAAGAUUUAUAUAAGUGUGAAAUGAAGUCUUCGCGCUCAAAACGGCAGACCAAGAAAAGAAAAAAGUUCAGAAACGGGGGUAAUUCGGUGGCCGCAACUGUCGAACGUGCCGGAGAAGACACGAACCUUGGUGCCGAUCCCCGUCAACGUCCUUUUCACCAUUCCGAUGUUCCUGCGACUCUACAUCGGAUGUCGCUAUGUUGUGUUACACAGCUCCCAAUAUCAGGUACUGUUCUGAAAUGUUUGUGAACUUGUAUAUAAACAUCAGGUUUAAACGUGUGCCAAAAUAGUGAAAAACUGUGGUAGCAUAGGCAAAGUCGGAAGGACCCUCCGAGGGUCCAUAAAGGACCAUAGAAAUGUUCCUUUUAAGGUGAUGAAGGCUCUCUUUUUGCUGCCUUUUUGCUCCAUUUUCUCAGCCCUUAUGCACCAUUUUUGCUGCCUCUCCCUUUUUCCACCAUUUCUCGAGCCUUUAAAAUCCCACAAAAAUGGAAGGCUGGAUAAAGGGAGUCUCUUUGCUGCCUUUCGCUGCCUUUUUGCUGCCUUUCGCUGCCUUAUUGCUACCUUUCUGCGGCCUUUUUUGAGCCUCUCCCUUUUAUCGGCCAUUAUCCACCAUUCCGACUUUGCCCGAGUAGGAUGUACCGGAGCUUUUGUAUAAUAUAGAGACACUGCAGGUUUCAACUUAAAUACUAAGGUUUGAAUAAAGAAUCUUCAAAAUUGAUCCUCACCAAUAGAAAAAUUGUGAUGUAAAUAUAUUGAUGCGAUUAAAAUUCCUUAUUAAAGCUCUAAAAUUAUACGAGAUCAAAAAUCUUUAUUUUCCUACUCAUCAUUUGGAGAAAAUUUCUUGAUGAUUCCGUAAUCGAUGACGUCGCGAUAAAAAGUUUGAUUAGAAUAUGAUAAAAAUGAGAUUAUGAUGUUGUGAAAAAUUUCAUCAAUCUUGAAUCUAUGAACAAAAAACUAGAAAUAUUUCAAUAAUCUUAGUAAUUUGCAAAGAUAGAUUGCUCAACUACCUAAGAAUGAUCAGAAAAAUCCGAAUAUGAGCAUGAAUUCUGCCUUUUUUCUAUGGAAGAUUGACCCUUAUUGCUCUGAAAAAGUCUAAAAAAGAGAAGUAGUGUGAAUUUGCAGGACUGCGCGACGAGGACUAUCGCCUCCCUGAAUCACAUCGCGGUGGAUCUUCGGUUCGUCGUCAAGAGCGAGAUGUACAGGAGGCCGCUGUACAUGCUGACGUUGGCGUCGGUCUCGUUCUGGUGCGUCAUGUCCUGGAUGCUCACGCAAUGCGAACGGUGAGACGCAAGGAAAUGUGAAAUUCAAUCCACAGCAAUAACUUUUUUUUCAAGUUUUUAUAGGGGAAAACUCAGAAAGUUUUUUGCUGAAACUUUUGAAAUGACUAAUCAGCAGAAGUUUAUCCGUCAUUGAGUUAAGAAAAUAUUUACAACAUUAGUGAAACAGUUGGCGAAAAUAAGAUUUUCAAAAUCCCUUAUUGGCACCGCUUUCCUUUUCCUUUUCAUUUUGGAGUUUAGGGAGUAAAUGGUGGAUUAAAUCAAAAAAAGUUUUUCUUUUACGUUCUUAGAAAACCUCAAAAAUCAAAAAAAGAUAAAAAAUUUUUUUGAACUAGAAGUUUGAUUGAAAAAAGUCGAUUCAAUCUCAUCGUGCUCAAUUUAUCAGAGCGUUCUUCCAAAAUAUCUUGCAACAUCCUAUUAUCCUUCAAAUUUUCGAAAAUAAAGGUUUUUCUUAGGAAAUGAGUUUUCAGAUACGCAUUCCCCACGAUAUCCGGCUUCCAACACUUUGCGGACUACCUUUGGUUCGAAAUCAUUGUAAGAGCUGCACAGAAAAGUCCCUCAACAAACCUUGUUCAAGACGUUUUUCUCCAUCGGCUACGGCGACGUCCAGGUGCAGACGUACUGUGGAAGGGCCCUCGCGAUGCUGACGGCCGUCGUCGUGAGUCUCUAGGGGAUCCCAUAGACUGACACCUCAAAAAAUAUUCGUGGAAAACAAAGUUGAAUUAUAUUCUUUGGCCAGACCAUGUCUAAAAGUUUUAUCAACAGUCUAAAGCAUGGAAAGAGCUUCAGGGAACUCUGUUUUCCUCGACGCUAAUCGCUUUGAUGAGCCGCAAGUUGAUAUUGAGCAGCAGCGAGAGGAGAGUCAACCACGUGAUAGCCGAGAACUUUUUCACCAAAGAGUUAGUCUCUGGCAGAGAAAGCAAAAAUAGAUAUCCUUUGAAUCGCAGACAUAAGCACGCUGCAGCUCGGGUACUGCAGAACACGUGGCGAGCAGUUCUGAGGAGUCGCGAAUGCGCCAAAGCCAAGCCCAACUCCCGGCCCAAUCUCAAGCUAGCCAGUGCUCAGCGUGCCCUUUUAGCUUCAGUCAACUCGUUGGUCGCAGUAGUAUCACCUUUUACUCGGUUCCUUUUCUAGAUUCCGUAAAAGCCGGUGGCGUCUGAGAAUGCAGAUGGAGGACGAAGAUGACUUUUUCACGGCUAGAAGGGUAAGACAAUAAUAAUAAUUAUUUAAAAUAUGCAAAAAUUACAUUUUACUUAAAUGUUCGAAGAAAAGAGCUACUUUUAGGCAUUCACAGAAACCGAAGAGCGCUUACAAAAAGUGCGACUGAGACAAUCGCAGCUCGACGGAAAACUCUCCAAAUUAUUCGAGAAUGUUGAGGCUCUCACACGAACCGUCGUCCUUCCAAAGUACUACUAA